UGAAUACCAUAUGACGAAUCUUCAGGUUAUCCUGUACUGGAUUAUUACUAUUUAUUCUGAUACACGUGUAAUGGAACAAGACACUGACAGUGGUUUGGACUUGCCAUCUGUUUUUAUUGUGGGCACCCACAGUGGCUCACUACUUCUUGGAAAGCACGAAAAUGAGAGAAAACUAAAGGUGAAAGAGAAGUUUGACAAAAUUAAACGUGCAUUAGCUGGCACUCCCUAUGAAUCGCAUGUAUUUCCACGAUACUUUUGUGUGGAAAACAGCUCACCAAAUGAUGAAAAUAUUGCAGAGCUUAAAAAAGAACUGGAAAAAUUGAUGAAGAAAAUGAAUAAGACGAUUCCUCUCAGUUGGGUGCAUUUCCAAAGUGAAAUCCAAAAAUUAAGUGAGGAGAAAGUAAUUUGCCCUUUGGAAGAGGUGAAAUCAAUUGCUGCAAAUUGUGGGAUAUUGGAUGAUAAAGCCCAGCUUGCUUUGCUUGACUAUCUGUAUGAUCUUGGUGAAAUUGUAUUCAUCCGCACAAUCGAGGCUCUACAAAAUGUGGUUGUUGUUAAUCCAUUGAGUUUAGUUGGCUAUAGUAAGGCUGUCUUCACCGUUGUCAUUCCAGAGCUACAGCUAGCAAUUAUGAAGCAGAGUUGGAGAAGGCUGGACAAAGGAAUAUUAGAGGAGCGUCUACUGAGGUUUCUUUGGAAGGAUAUCAAAGAUUUGGACAGAAACUUUGACAUCUUAGUGAAAUUCAUGGAAAGAUUUGGACUGCUUUGUGAGAGGAAGUCAUCUAAGGAUUGCAGUGAACGUGUUUUCUACACUCCAUUGCGCCUGAAGCCAAUAGCAGAACAACAAAGACUCACAGAAGACUAUGGAAUUCGUGCUAUUAGCAUUUUCCAUGAUUUUUGUGGCUAUCUCCCAGAAGAACUCUUUCCACAGACAGUCACCAGGUUUAUUGAGAAGUUCCAAGUAGAAGCAGGAGGUGAGCCUGAGUUGGCUCAUGAGUAUGCAGACCUCUACCUUGACGACAACCAUCAUGUGAUUUUUUCUGUUGUCACUUUCAAACGACGACGGAUGUUUAAGACAACGAUUGUAAGAAGGAUGAUUCUCAAUGAGACUAUUUCCCUAAUUGAACCAGGGCCAGAAUCAUGCAAAAAGGUGUUGAGGUUUCUUGAGACUGCGUUCGAGUUACACAAUGUUAAUGAUAGGAGAGGAAUACAUGUUAAGUUGUGUAUCCUCUGCCCUUGUAGUCAGAAGACUGAACAUAUGCAGAUACUGCGAGAUUUUAAGCAAGAUUUGCUUCCAUGUGGACGAGACAGUGUGAGAAUAACACGCUACCAACGAUUAUUUGGAGAUGGUAACAAAAGUGAAAAAGUUUGUUUAGAUGAUAAGACAUUGCUCAGUAUUUGCGAUGAAUUGAAAAGUGAUUGGAAACUUGUGGGUGUUCAAUUAGGACUGCAGUUAUCAGAAAUAGACUGCAUUGAAAAAGACAACAAACUCGAGAAGAAUGCAAUAAUGGCAAUGCUUGUGUCUUGGAGGAAUAAGCAGCCAUCCAACAUCAACCAACUUAUUACAGUGAGUUCAGCACUUGCUCAAAGGGGAUAUUAUCAGCUUUCUGAGCAAUUGACAGGCAAAUUGAACCCUGAAGAAGUGUAUUCAGUUUGUUUGGAUGACAAAACAUUGCUCACUAUAUGCAAUGAAAUUAAAAGUGAUUGGAAACUAGUAGGUGUUCAAUUAGGACUGCAGUUAUCAGAAAUAGAUUGCAUUGAAAAAGACAACAAACUUGAGAAGAAUGCAAUAAUGGCAAUGCUUGAGUCUUGGAGGAAUAAGCAACCAUCCAACGUCAACCAACUCACUGCAAUGAGUUCAGCACUUACUCAAAGGGGAUAUAAUUGGCUCUCUGAUCAAUUGACAGGCAACUUAAAUCUUACAGAGGGAUUUUCAGAGCAUCAACCUUCAGCCUGUGCAUUAUGCAGUCUAUGUUGUGAUGAUGAGCAUCAACUACCAAACAAAUCAAACAUUCCAAAUGAGUAUGCGGUUGAUGAGACUGAGUUUCGAUCACUGCUGUUGGAAAUAUCUAAACACAUAGAUGAAGAAGAUCUUCAGGUAUUGAAAGUUACUCUCACUGAUCACAUUAAAGAUGCACAGAAACUUAUUAACGCAGAUCGGGCAACUCAGCUGUUUGAGUUUUUGAUCAAACAAGAUAUCCUGAGUCCAAAUGACAUGCGCAUUCUGUUUGAAGUAUUGAAGUUAACACAACUAAAUCAUUUGCAACGAUUCAUCAAAGGAUGCCCACCGGUGGAGGACAUUCAAAUUAUUUUCUUUUCCAAGUUCCGACAGUCUGUAGUAGUCUUUGGAAGAGCACUAACUAACAGCCUUGCAAGAGAGAUUGAGUAUAAGUGUUUUGGUAGAGAGAGUUUGUACAAAAAGAAAUGGGAUCUUAUUAUGAAACUUGAAAGAAAUCUCAUUCUAUGCAAUGAUGAAUCGAUAGAGAACUUUAAAGCAAAAUUCAAGCGCCAUGUAAGCAAAUAAGCUACGAUAAAUCUUUACAAAUACAAGAGCUAAAAAUAAUGCCUAGAAUUACAACUUUUGAAUUAAAAUUUUGAAUAAGAGGGUAAUCAAAUGGACAAAUAGCUUAUGCUUCCUGCUUUCACCAUUAGAAUAUUAUAUAUUUGCCUUUGGUUAUUAUUAUUACAAAUUAUAUUAUGUAUAAACCAUGUAGCGAUUGACCAGAAUGCCACUGGUCACUUACCCUUGGUUACCAGCACUAGGGGCUAUAAUUCAGAGACAUAUGCCCAUUCUACAGACCACAGAACGUCUGUUUUUCCGGAUACACCAUUAUAGCCUAUCGAAGACCACCUACCUUUGUCAUGUAUUAGUGAGAUGUAAAUUAAAGAGGCAAAUUAACUCUUGUGACAGCCACAAUUUAGUCAGUUGUCUUUGUGGUUCAUCAUGCAAAACAUGCUCAAUGCUUGAUUCUACACAAUCAUCCAAGAGCAACUAAACAAACCACAUAUUUUAAAUAAGGCAUGUCAUUCUUAUAUCGUAUUAUAUGUGGUAAACAAUAUGUCGGGCAAAACAAAAAAUGCUCUUCCUAUGAGAAUGACACAACAUAGAUCAGUUAUCAAAACAUCAAAGCUUGAUCAAAUUUCAUACUGUAAUGUCAAUUGGAGCAAGAAAAAUCUUAAGGAUUUAUAAAAGAUAAUCAUUGGGUACUUUUACUUAAGAACCACACCUUUUGGACUCAUAAUUUUAGAAAAGUUCUCUGCUAUCAUGCCUUUGGAUCUCCAUUAUUGUAGUGUCAUGUAUAAAUUCCAAGGAAACCCUCAUUGGCACCAACAGGUACAUUCCAGUCCUACCUUAUGGUCAACUUCAGGAAGUAACUAAGGUUAUUCACCCUGGUAGUUGGUGAGUCAAUGAUGUGUCAUUAACCAUCUUCUUGGAAUCUAUAUAGCUCCUCCCCUUUGGUCCCAUAUAUAUAUGAGAGAAUGAAAUUAGUGUAUUAGAAAAGGACACAGAGAGAAGGACACGUAAUAGACACAGAGAAAAACCAUAGAGAUAGAGAGGAAACGUUUUAUGUUUACAUUAUAGAGUUCAGCACAUUUUGUAUAUUUGAUUGAUUGUGAUAUACAAUAAAACAUAACAAGGAACUGCAUAAAGUCUACUGAGUAUAAUUCGAGUUCUAACCUCUCUUGCGGGUCAACAUAGACCCCAACACGACAUGGUGGAAGACCCGGAUUUGGAUUACAACUCUAUAACAACUUACUAGUUUUAAACAGGGCGGUUCUCCCCUGCAACGCAGGAUGGUCAACUAGGCGACCACCGAAGCCAAAACAAUGAGAGAUAAACAGGGUAGACACAUUCACCUGUCACCCAGAUAUUGUACGAAAGUGGAUCAACCUUGGAAUGGAUCAGGCAACGAGACGACUACUCAAGAAGAAAGAAUGAAAUUCAACGCAAGACAUUAUUUGAACUUUCUGUUUAUUUUAAUUUGUUAAUUUUCGUUUACUGUUUUGUACAUCUUGAUACGUUGGGUAAGCAAACUCACACGAUUAUUUUUUAAUGAUAUAAGUUUACUUAAGUUUCUUUUAAAAUUUAAUCCUAUAUUUCAAUUAUGGCUCAAAACCUUCGGCAAACUGAUUUUCUUCCAGCCCGUUUUUCGGGUGACUCAAUAGACCAUUAAAAAUGUAUUGCCCAUUUCCUUAGUUUCAUGGAUUAUUUACAAGCCCAUGAUUUACAGGCUCCAGCUGACGAAGAACAAGUUAAUGCUGUCGUAAAUUUAUUUAAGCGAACUCUUAUCGGAUCAGCCCGCUUAUGGGUGGAAGGUAAAACAGAAAUUAACCAAGACUCCCUGGUACAAUGAAAAUCAACUAGUUUAUCUUCAUAAGCCUGACUCUAGUAGUAUAACUGUACCAUCAAGAAAAUUUUCUGCUAAAUGGGUAGGUCCAUUUGCAAUUUACAAGGUUCUUGAUCGUUCACAUUACAUGCUAUGUACUUUAGAUGGGAAAAUUCUACAAGAUGUGUUUAAUUUUAAUCGACUUAAACCCGCAUUUAUUAAAACAUCCUCAGCUAAUGUUUCUAACUUACAAAAGUUGAAAGAAGUUAUGUCAAAAGAUGACAAAAAUUAUAAACCAAAAGAAAACAUUGUAUGUUGUUUUAUGGAUGAAAAUGCAAACGAAAUAAAUGAAACUAACUUGUUAAUGAGUGCAUGUACACUUUAAAUGUCAUGACAGAUAAAAUCGAAUUAGAUAAUCACAUACGUUUGUGUGUAGAUAAUGGUGGUAUAGCAUCAUCUUCCGAGUUAACAAAAGACCAGAAAAAUGAUGUAAUUAAAUUGUUGGAAAAUGUACCAUGUACUGUAAUAACAUUGAAUUAAUUCGAGCACAAUUUCAUGUUGGUAGAUUACAAAUAUUAAUAAAACUAUUAACUAAUCAUUCUUAUUGGUGGACACCUGAUUUGUAUCCUGAUUCUAUGACAGUAGUUGAAGCUGUCCUAAAACAUAAAAUUAUUAAAUGUACAGGUAGUCCGAACAAGUUUAUAAAGAAGAUUCAUAAGUAAAUAUUUGAUUGCAUAUUGUCAGAAGAAAUGCUAAGCUCUAAAAACUUUACAAUUCAUCAUAGGGUAUGGUUAGGAAUAUAAACAUAAAGCAGCUUUCCUUUAACCAAGGGCUCCCCAUCAUGAUUAUAUUGUAAGCUUUGCAUGUUUUCCUUGUAUUAUGAAGUAAUAGAAUGACUUUGUAUUAUUAUUAUUACAGUACUACUAUAUUGUAAGUAUAGUAAGAAGAAUUGUAAUGAUUUAUGUCCUUUGACCAAGUCUUGAGAAGGAAAUUCUGAUUGAAAUUUGAUUUAAAUAACAGAUGUGUAUGACUACCAGUAGGUAUAGUAGUAUAAAUUGUAUGAAGUAGUAGUUAAGCAUUUAGUUAAGGUAAUUAAGGUAGUUAAGGAUGUGUCAAUUUGUAAACUUUUAAACUUUAUAUCUAUAUUCAGUUAACAUUUUAUAUGCAUUUAUUAUGUUUACACAAUUAUACUUUAUUAUAUAAUUAUUUUAUGAAAGAAUUACGAAAGAUGAUCAGAUAAUAGAAAUUUGCAGUGUUAUAUCAUUGUGUAACUGUAUGUUUAAAAUUGCUUGUCUCAUACGGUAUUGUUUUCAACUUAAGAAGAGUUUCCUUCAAUUUAAGUGUAGAGUUAAGUUUUGAUUGAUUUUUAGAUAAGUAUGUAUAUCAUAUAUUUAAUUUCUUAAUUUCAUAAUUAGAACAGUUUCUUUGAUUUCACUACGUUCCAUCAAAUUGGGAAAAAGGGGAUGUCAUGUAUAAAUUCCAAGGAAACCCACAUUGGCACCAACAGGUACAUUCCAGUCCUACCUUAUGGUCAACUUCAGGAAGUAACUAAGGUUAUUCACCCUGGUAGUUGAUGAGUCAAUGAUGUGUCAUUAACCAUCUUCUUGGAAUAUAUAUAGCUCCUCCCCAUUGGUCCCUUAUAUAUAUGAGAGAAUGAAAUUAUUAGAAAAGGGCACAGAGAGAAGGACACAGAGAAAAACCAUAGAGUUUUAUGUUUCCAUUAUAGAGUUCAGCACAUUUUUUACAUUUGAUUGAUUGUGAUAUACAAUAAAACAUAACAAGGAACUGCAUAAAGUCUACUGAGCAUAAUUUGAGUUCUAACCUCUCUUGCGAGUCAACAUAGACCCCAACACGACAGUAGAUACCUAAUACUAUAGAUAUUGUUUUACACAGCAUUCCUAAUAGGCCAAUCAUUUUUGGCAUGUAUAUAAUAAUAAUUCAUGAUGUUUUUCAUAAUCUUGCUGAUGAAGGCCAUAAGAGUGGCAGAAAUAUCUGGGUUAUUAAUAAAUCAAUGUUCUUAAAGUUUACUAUUGAAGUUGUUUCAUUUUUUUCUGUAUCCUGUUGAAACAUACAUGCAACACAAAUGAAAGGCAUAUAUUCCUCAUUUAUAGCUUUGGACAAUUGGUAAAUACGGGGAUUGUAGUUGAAUAUGAGGGGGAUCUGUGUGGUUAUAGGAUUUGGCUUUGUAUUUGAGAACGUUGAGUCGUGAUUUUGAUGAAGAUUUCUCAAUGUUGCGUUUUAUAAUGAGGGAUAUGGUACCGUAGUUGCUGGUUAGCAUUUUGAUGUACUUAUUAAAUUCUGUAUCAGUCCAGCAUAUAUGUUUGAUUUGCAGUGCUUCGCUGUAUACCGUAAUUGGUUAAAUAUUUCAUUGGGAGCCUAUUAUCUUAGAAUUUUAUCUCGCUUAUUUUUUCCUACAGUCUUUAACUAAUUAUAUUCUGUAUUUCUUAUUCAUGCGCCACAGACAUAUCUUUUCAAGAAUCAGGAAAAGUCCUUUCCAAAGACAAUAAACAUGGACAAUCCCUCUUCCGUACUUUGCUGCUGAAGCUGGUGCACAGAAAAUAUGUUUAUGGUAGGCCGCUUCGCUCUUAAAACGCAUUGCCAUUCUUGAUCGACUCUUGAUGCAAGUUUCUGUAGACUACUUAGAGCGAUACAACUUCCUGGGUAAUGUAAAUACAUCAAGACAAUAGCUUCAAGUUUUAUUUUCUAUUGUACAUCACACAUGAUAUGUUAAUUAGAUCUCUAUGGUUGCCGAAAGUCGCAGAUAAAAGAUCAAGAAAAUUUUUUGGGCACUUCGUUUUGAUAUAUAUAAUAGUGAUGUGUUUUACUAUAUAAAAGUGUAAUUUCUGGCCAUUUAGAGGUAGAAUUUCCUAAAAUUUUUGCUGUGAUUCCGAAGGUUCGGGACACAGGCUGGCAUAGUUUGGGAAAUUUACUGAGCUUGAAUGCUAAAAUGACCAGAGGCGGCGCUACAAGUGGGUCGGGAACUAGAGAACUUGCCCCCCCCCCCCACGCCGAGACCUUGAGAAAAAAAAAUUAUAUGUAUUUUUUACAUAUUAAUAGACUCUAAAAUCAAUUAAAAUAGCCUUUGAAACACCUAAAUUGUCAUAUUUUGACCACUUUCGAGAGGUUUGACCGAUGCCUGACCACACCCACUUUUUUCCUCGUCGCAAACAUCAGUACCCCUAUCCUGGACAUCUGGCGCCGCCACUAACAAUUGAUUAAAUAACUCGCUUAGUAUCGUGAUUCUACUGGUAAUUGAAAAUGCUAACUACCGAAAAUAUUACAGAUGCUGAGUGUCUCGAAGGGCAGCUGCUCAAGCUGAUUUGAACCCAAUAAUUUUUUUGUUGAUGAGCUACAGUAUGCCUAAUACGAUUAUUACUUAGUCCUAUUCGAGCACUGCUGUUAUUAUUCACCUAUUCAUUUAGUUACGGUGCUACGCAGUAAACAAUUUACUAUGAUUUUCCAGCUUAACCACACUCCAUUAUAUAGUUUUUGCCAGAUACAAAAGUAUGCAUACUCCAAGCAAAGAUAUGCCAUCGUGCUGGGAUUGAAUAUUCAUAUUUAAUGGGACAUCAAACAAAUGUAUGUCCAACAGCUGUUCGAAUAACCUUCUACUUCAUCAACAGUUUGAACAAAUAUUUUUCAGUCCGACAGACAGAAAUAUUAUAGUCUAUUACCAGCUUUAGCCUUAAAACUAAUUGCCAAAAUAGAUCUAAAAUUGACAUUUUUUUUUAAUGGUUAAAUGAAAUGUCAUCAUGAGCAUAUUUAGGUAUGUCACAUAUUUUUUCACAUAUAAUUUUAUAGACGGGAUUAUAGUUUGAUAAUGUAAUUCUGGGGCAAAUGCAGAAUUUUUGCGGUAAGGGGUGCAUAAAAAUCCACACCAUGGUUUGGGCUGAGGUGAGAAGAUUUUGAGAAUAUGGACCUCAAGGCACCCGGAAAUUGAACUCUUAUACUUUUAAAAUCUUAUUGGUAAUAUAUUUUCAAUGAUAAAAAUAAUAUAUAAACAAUACAAUACAACAAUUAUUUUUUUUAAGACAAUCUAGGGGGUGCGAUCGCACUGUUGCACACCCAUGCAUCUGCCCCAGUAAUUGAUGAUUUAUCCUGUGGAAAUCACACUCAAAAUACUAAUUAAAUUAAAUUAAAUCUAUGA